UUUCCCCAUUAUUAUUAUUAUUAUUAUUCUCCGUUAAUCUUUGGGCACAUUACAGCUUCAACUGCUAGAACUGGUAAAGUCCUAGGUCUAUACGAAGCUAUGGAUGUGGAAUUGGUUACAGAAGGAACAUCGGAUGAUGAAGGCUAUAGAAUUGAUGAAAAUAAUGAGGAAUAUAUGAAUUUUGACGGUGAAAGAUGUGGUAUUUGUAUGGAUAUUGUCAUUGACAGAGGAGUUCUUGAUUGUUGUCAGCACUGGUUCUGUUUUACAUGCAUUGACAACUGGGCUACAAUCACAAAUCUAUGCCCGCUUUGCCAGAAUGAAUUUCAAUUGAUCACAUGUGUGCCUGUAUAUGAUACUAUUGGUAGCAACAAGACUGAUGAGGAUUCAUAUUCCAGGGAUGAUGAUUGGUGCAUUGAAGGAAAGAAUAACACUCUUUCUUUUCCAUCAUAUUAUAUUGAUGAAAAUGCAGUUGUCUGUUUGGAUGGUGAUGGCUGCAAAAUUCGAAGUAGAUCUGCAGCAAUGGAAGCAGAUUCAAACCUUGACACAUCAAUUGCUUGUGAUUCAUGUGAUAUAUGGUACCACGCCUUCUGUGUUGGAUUUGAUCCCGAAGGUGCAUGUGAGAAUUCAUGGCUCUGCCCAAGGUGUCUAGUUGAUCAACAGCCUAAAAAAUUAGAUGGUGUUCUAGUACCCAGGUUAGGCAACCAGCAUGAGCCAGAAAAUGCAAGAAGUGGGGGCUCCGGUGAAGCAGCUUUUUCUGGAAAGGUGUCAGUAUCUGUUGCUGAUGCUGGUGAGACAGCUGUUGUUGUCUCUGUUGUUGAGGGAAGCCGAAGGGCUGAAGAACCAGGUGGAGAACAUUCAACAUUGGACUUCACAACCGACACAAAAGCUGAUGCUUCCUUGUCAAGUAAUGUUGCAUUUGCUCCUCAAUGUGGAGACCUAUCCAGUGAAAGGCUUGGCUUUGUACCAAAGUCUGAGUCAGAGGAACUAAAACUCUCCUUGUCAGGGGAUAUUUGUUUCAGUUCACAAUUUCCUUCCAUUGAUUUGACUAUUAAAGCUGAUAAGGAAGAAACAGGAGAACAAAAACUUGUCAAUAGGCUUGGAAUGUCUUCAACAAAAUGUUCUUCCAUUCUUCUUGAGGAUAAAAUGGCUAAAUCUGGUUUAGACCUUCAUCUGGGUUUAUCAGUAAACUCAUCCUCAACUGUUGACAUGAUAAAUAAUACAUCCAUGGAUGAUCAAGAGCUUGGGUUGGUUUACCAGAAAAGCAGCUCAGGACAUCUCUUAUCAGCUGAUGGAAUGGUGCCUCAUGAAGAGGUGAUACUUACAGUAGGCAGGAUGAUGCCUGAUAAAGAUGAUGAUACUACUCUAGUUAGUGGUGAAAAGAGAAAGCACAAAGAUACUGGAAGUCUGGAUGAUGGAGAAUGCAAGGCUGAAAUUGAUGCUAAUGCUCCUCUCAAGAAAGUCAAAGUUGAGGCUAUUGAGGGAACUAAGUUGACUCCUUUGAAAGACCCUGUUCCAUAUGAUUCUAGACAGUUUUCAAGUACAACAAAUAUUGAGAAUAGUGAACCAACUUGUGCGUCAGAAAAGAAAAAUGUUAGUGAUGUUAUAAUGGAUAUAGUUCAGGAGACAGGUCGUAGACGUCCAAAGCAGUUAGCACAUGCCAAUUCUAGUAACAUAUCAUCUAGAGAAAGGGAAAAAUCAGAAAAUGCAGCGGGUUUGAGAGUGAAAAAGAUCAUGAGGAGAACUGAUGAGGAUGCAGAUUCGUCCGUACUGGUUCAGAAGCUGAGAAAAGAAAUCAGGGAAGCUGUUCGGAAUAAAUCCUCUAAAGAAAUUGGAGAAAGUCUUUUUGAUCCAAAACUCCUGGCUGCUUUUAGGGCUGCUGUGUCAGGAUCGGUGACUGAAACUAAGAAGCCUCCUCUAGAUUUGAAGGCAAAGAAGGCAUUAUUGCAGAAGGGGAAGGUACGUGAAAAUUUAACCAAGAAAAUAUAUGGGAUGGGGGGAAGACGAAGACGUGCAUGGACUCGAGAUUGUGAAGUUGAGUUUUGGAAACAUCGCUGCUCAAACAUAUCAAGGCCUGAAAAAAUUCAAACCUUAAAAUCUGUUCUUGACGUCCUGCAAAAUGAUACUGUUAACAAGGAAAUCAAGCAUCGUAAAGAAGGCGAGGCAAGUUCGAUUCUUUCAAGAUUGUAUUUAGCGGAUACUUCUAUUUUCCCAAGGAAGCAUAACAUCAGGCCUGUCUCAGCCUCCAAAGGUGAUGCAGUUGAAAAAAAUCAGGAGCAGAAUACUCCUGAAAAACUUGAAGUCAAUCCAAUGAAACACGAGGUUUCAAAGAAACCAGUUGUUUCUGUAAUUUCAGACAGCAAUGGGACCAAGAAGGGUGCCUCAGGCGUUAAGGCUGAAGCUGCUUCAACUAAAUCGUGUCCAAACAAUCGCACAGAGAGGCCAUCCACCUCCAAAUUAGGUGGCUCAAAGGUAGCUUCUGAGCAGGAAAUCACUAGUGCAACUGGUAGCAUGAAGACUGAUAAGAGGAAAUGGGCUUUAGAAGUUCUUGCUAGAAAAACAGCUGUAACACCUACUACUGGGGUGCAAGAAAAGGAAGAGGACAGUGUCAUGCUUAAAGGAAAUUUCCCUUUAUUAGCUCAGCUACCGAAAGAUAUGCGACCAAGUUUGGCACCCAUUCGCCACAAUAAAAUCCCUAUAGCAGUCAGGCAGGCUCAACUUUACCGCCUUUUGGAGCACUUUUUGAGGAAAGCAAAUCUAUCCAUUAUACGCAGAACUGCAGAAACGGAGUUGGCAGUUGCUGAUGCUAUUAAUAUUGAAAAGGAGGUUGCUGAUAAGUCAAACAGCAAGCUGGUUUACGUAAAUUUGUGUUCACAGGAGUUAUCACGUAGAUCUGAUAAUAUGAACUUGGGUAGAGAUGCAGAAACAAGUCCUCCGACUUCAGGAGUUUCUAGUGAUGGAGAAAAAGUAACCAAUGAUUCCAAUCUUGAGGUUAACGAAGCACUGAAAACUGCUGGGCUUUUGUCUGAUACACCUCCAAAUAGUCCAUCUAAACCAGUGGAGGAAAUUAAGGAGGAUGCUGGCUUCUUGAAUAAGAGCGAAUCUGAUGGCCCAGACAAUGUAUUCGAAAUGGAUUCUCAACCAGAACUUGAUAUUUAUGGUGAUUUUGAUUAUGAUUUGGAAGAUGAUUACUUUGUUGGUGCAAGUGCUCUAAAGAUUUCUAAGCUACAGCAAGAGGUGUCAAAAAUGAAAGUUCUUUUUUCCACUCUUAACCCCGAUGCAUCAAAUGGCUCCCAAGAUAUAUGUGAUCAUGAAGGAUCAGCUGGUGUUGGACCUACAAUGGCUUCCUCUGGUCAUGAAUUCCCUACAGAUGCUGGGAAUUCAACUGUCGAUGGUAGGGCAAAUGAUAACCAACCACAGAACACCAGAGUUGAUGAAGUAUAUGGGGAGCUUUCUCUUGCUGAAUGUGAGGAAUUGUAUGGCCCGGACAAAGAACCACUGAUUGAAAAGUAUCCAGAGACAGCACUAGUCAAACCAUGCGAACUGGUAGCCGGUAAAGAGAUUGUGAUGGAAAAUGGAUGUCAUGGAUCCAGUGAAAUGGCAAAGACAUCUGAAUCCAAGAGUGGGAAUUUAGCAGUUAGCGAAGCUCACCAGGGCAGUGUCGGAUCAGUAAAUUCACCUAGUCAUUCCCAAAAUACUGAAAAGGUGCAAAGGAAGGAAAAGAUGUCUACUGUGGACUCCAACAAGCUAUCAGACAGCCGUAAUUUUGUAUCAAAGAAGGUUGAAGCAUAUAUCAAAGAGCAUAUCCGGCCAUUGUGCAAGAGCGGUGUUAUCACUGUUGAACAAUACAGAUGGGCUGUAGGAAAAACAACUGAGAAAGUUAUGAAAUAUCACUCAAAAGAACAAAAUGCAAAUUUUCUCAUCAAGGAAGGGGAGAAAGUGAAGAAACUCGCUGAGCAGUAUGUUGAAGCUGCCCAGCAAACAGCAAAAGCGCAGUAGGCAGCCAUCAGACUGUUUGCUGGUCCACCAAUUUUGUAUGGUCAUGUAAAGAGGCUUCUUAAUAUGCUGAGCCAACGGACAUUCAAGAUACGGCAAUUGUAGAUAUGCAAUUCGAUAUUCAUGAAUCCUUUUACCACUGAACUAUGGAAUUUAACGGUGGUCAACCUUAAUUCUGGCUUAGCUCCGGAACAGACGCAUAAAUGAUCUCCCAAUUAGUCUUGCUAA